CACAAAAGUCUAUCCUCUUCUUCCCAAUCCAAAACCCAACUCAGCUUAAAGCAUUUCACCUUCCCUUCUUCACUCUCUCUUUACCUUCCUAAACUUUGGGUUUUUCUCUUUUCCAAAGUUUUAGAAUCCUAAACGCUCCUUUAGCCAUUGUUCUUGUAUUUGUUGGUGUUUUCAUUUCAUAUACAUAAAAAAUGGCUUCCUCAACUACUCAAAUCAACGCCCUUGGCGCUAUUGGCUUCCCUUCAUCGAGAAAACCCAACCACCAAUCACCCAGAACGGUUUUCUUCGGUCACAGACUGGGAAAACCCUCACCUUUGAACGUUGCCUUCUUACGGCGGCGUAGUAACACCAACAACCGCAAGCGGUUCGGGCCGUUGAGAGUGAUGAACGAAAAGGUGGUGGGAAUCGAUCUGGGGACUACGAACUCGGCGGUGGCGGCUAUGGAAGGAGGGAAGCCGACGAUUAUUACGAACGGGGAAGGACAGAGAACGACGCCGUCCGUGGUGGCGUAUACCAAAAAUGGGGAUAGGUUGGUUGGGCAGAUCGCGAAACGGCAAGCCGUUGUGAACCCUGAGAAUACAUUUUUCUCUGUUAAAAGAUUUAUAGGAAGGAAAAUGUCGGAAGUGGAUGAGGAAUCCAAGCAGAUUUCUUACAAGGUUAGUCGAGAUGAGAAUGGGAAUGUUAAGCUCGAGUGUCCGGCCAUCGGUAAACGAUUCGCCGCCGAGGAAAUUUCAGCUCAGGUUUUGAGGAAGCUGGUUGAUGAUGCCUCAAAGUUUUUGAAUGAGAAAGUGGCAAAAGCGGUUGUUACUGUCCCUGCUUAUUUCAACGAUUCCCAGAGGACAGCAACAAAGGAUGCUGGUCGAAUUGCUGGGUUAGAAGUUCUCAGGAUUAUCAACGAGCCUACUGCUGCCUCUCUGGCAUAUGGGUUUGAGAAGAAGAACAAUGAAACCAUCCUCGUGUUUGAUCUUGGAGGUGGUACUUUUGAUGUUUCAGUGCUUGAGGUCGGUGAUGGAGUGUUUGAGGUGCUCUCUACAUCUGGAGACACACAUUUGGGUGGUGAUGACUUUGAUAAAAGAAUUGUUGAUUGGCUUGCAGAAAACUUUAAGAGAGAUGAAGGCAUAGAUCUUUUGAAAGACAAACAAGCUCUUCAGCGGUUAACUGAAACAGCUGAGAAAGCUAAAAUGGAGUUAUCAUCUUUGACUCAGACUAACUUAAGUUUACCUUUCAUUACUGCUACUGCAGAUGGGCCUAAACACAUUGAGACCACCCUUACCAGGGUCAAGUUUGAGGAAUUGUGCUCAGACCUACUUGACAGGCUCAAAAAACCUGUGGAGAAUUCCUUGAGGGAUGCUAAACUUUCCUUUAAUGACAUAGAUGAGGUUAUUCUUGUCGGUGGAUCAACACGUAUUCCUGCAGUUCAGGAACUUGUGAAGAAGAUGACUGGCAAAGAACCUAAUGUGACAGUAAAUCCCGAUGAAGUUGUUGCUUUGGGGGCUGCGGUUCAGGCUGGUGUUUUAGCCGGAGAUGUCAGUGAUAUCGUGCUUUUGGACGUGACACCUUUAUCACUUGGUCUAGAAACUCUUGGCGGUGUUAUGACCAAAAUCAUCCCAAGGAACACUACGCUGCCGACCUCCAAAUCAGAAACAUUCUCAACAGCCGCAGAUGGUCAAACAAGUGUCGAUAUUAAUGUACUCCAAGGUGAAAGAGAGUUUGUUAAGGAUAACAAAUCUCUUGGCAGCUUCCGUCUCGAUGGUAUCCCGCCAGCACCGCGUGGGAUUCCUCAGAUUGAAGUCAAAUUUGACAUUGAUGCCAAUGGUAUCCUCUCUGUCACUGCAGUCGAUAAGGGGUCUGGGAAGAAGCAAGAUAUUACUAUUACCGGCGCCAGUACCUUACCCAAUGAUGAGGUUGAUAGAAUGGUAAAGGAAGCUGAGAAGUUUGCAAAGGAGGAUAAGGAGAGAAGAGACGCUAUAGACACAAAGAACCAAGCCGAUUCGGUCGUGUACCAAACUGAGAAGCAGUUGAAAGAGCUUGGAGACAAGGUUCCUGGUCCAGUCAAAGAGAAAAUAGAGGCAAAAUUGCAAGAGCUCAAGGAUGUGAUUUCAGGGGAAUCAACACAAGCUAUAAAGGAUGCCAUGGCUGCACUCAACCAGGAAGUCAUGCAGCUCGGCCAGUCACUCUACAACCAACCCGGAGCCGGUGGUGCUGGGACUGCACCAGGUGCUGAAACCGGACCUUCGGAUUCAACGAAAAAGGGGGCUGAUGGGGAUGUCAUUGAUGCUGAUUUCACUGACAGCAAAUGAAAAAGGUAGGGGUUUUUUAGAGCUUGUUGUGGAGGUGGAGAUCGAGUUUUCCUAUCCUUUUUGUUCCAGGGUAGUGAAAGAAAACAGUUGAAUGUCCAAAUUGGUUAGUGAGAUGCUUUCUUGAAUUGGCUCUUUGUAUUGAA